AUGGUGCCCUGUCACUUCAGCCGUCCCGCCUGGAUCUGCUUCCACAAGCUACCGUACGCCAACAUCGACCUUCCUUGCCCGACCUCUCUGACCUUGCUUGACCGCAACGGCAUCUUCCUCACCUCAACCUCCUUCUGCCGCUGCGCUGCCGCCAUCUUGCGCCACCCUCCUCCGAUCUUCCAACUGCAGCACUUGAUUUCUCGUCAUAUUCGUCGCCGUCGAACCGAACACCGCCUCAUCUUGAGGCGACCAUCAUCCUUGCGGACUUUUUGGCAGCUGAAAGCCGCCAGCCGUCGCCGAGCCGCUGCUUCCUACUUCGAUCCAACAAAUAAUCCUCUGCCUCUCGAGUACAUGCGGAAACAUACAUCGUCCUCUGUUCACGCCGUCUAUCCUCGAUUUCUUCUUGGCAUACCUGUGGGGAUUCGACGAGCAUCUAUCGCGACUUACACUUGGGUUGCCUGGUCUUCAUCGAUCGCCGGCGCUGCCCGGGCGUCACAGAACCUGCUGUUCCAGAAUCGCCGCCACAUCUCCGCCGACCAUAGCUGUCUGGCCGUCGGUACUUCCAAGGGUUUCCGAAUCUACCACACCGACCCGUUCUCCAAAAUCUUCAGCAGCGAUGAUGGCAACAUUGCUAUUAUUGAGAUGCUAUUCUCGACAUCUCUUGUCGCCCUGAUCCUUUCCCCUCGACACUUGAUAAUACAAAACACAAAGAGAUCCUCAGUCAUCUGCGAACUUACCUUUCCAUCAGCCGUGCUCGCCGUGCGUCUCAACCGGAAACGUCUCGCCGUCGUUCUCGAAUCCGAAAUCUACUUAUAUGACAUUUCUAAUAUGAGCCUUCUCUUCACGAUUCCCACGUCUCCCAACCCAGGCGCAAUUUGCGCUCUAUCACCUUCUUCAGAGAACUGCUACAUUGCGUAUCCUUUACCGAAACCUCGGGAGGACUCAGGAGACAAAAGACCAGCCCAUGCGCCUCCCCUCUCAACGUACGUUGCACCGACAUCGGGAGAGGUUUUGGUGUUCGACACACUCACAUUGAAGGCUGUGAAUGUCAUCGAGGCUCAUCGUUCACCACUGUGCUGCAUCUGCCUCAAUAGUGAAGGAACGCUCUUGGCUACAGCAAGCGAGACUGGUACCAUUAUCCGCGUCUUCUCGGUCCCUGGAGGUCAGAAACUCUACCAGUUCCGCCGGGGAACCUAUCCCUCCACUAUUUACAGCAUGUCUUUCAACCUCAGCUCUACCCUUCUCUGCGUUUCCUCAACUUCCGACACAGUUCACAUCUUUCGUCUCGGAGCCCCUCCUCCAGACAACAAUUCCGCUGCCGCCUCAGCAGAGACACCUGCUUCACCUCGCCAGGAUCGCUGGUCGAGGUCACGCAGCUAUGACAGUAACAAUGAGUCGCCUGUGGGGAGUGCGGCUGGUUCUCCACGAAGCGACCUGGCGGAACCCGCUGGGCUAGGUAACGGCAGCUCUUCUCAUCACCAGCAACAUAUCAACAGGCGGCAAAGUGGCUCCUUUAGUAGUAUGCUCCGGCGCUCGUCGCAGAUUAUGGGUCGCAGCGUGGCCGGCGUCGUUGGCUCAUACUUGCCGCAGACGGUGACAGAGAUGUGGGAACCCCUCAGAGACUUUGCGUACAUCAAGAUUCCAAAGUCUUCUAACGCGCCGACGGGCCAAGCCCGUGGGAACAACAACGGGGGCGGGUCGCAGCCGCUGACUGGCCCGCUUCGAAGUGUCGUGGCCAUGAGCAGCAGCAGUCCUCAAGUAAUGGUGGUCACUAGUGACGGUGGCUUUUAUGUGUACAACAUUGACAUGGAGCAUGGCGGAGAGGGCUACCUGGUCAAACAAUUCUCAGUCAUUGAUGGCGACGACAAAUUGGACGCGUCCUCGUACGGCACAUGA